AUGGUUUUCCUUCGAACACUUGGAGGUGACACCGUCACAGUUGAAACUUCGCCAUUCGACACAGUCUCAUCUCUGAAGCAAUGGGUGGCCAAAUCGCAAGGAAUCCCCGUCGAGGAUCAACGUAUUAUUAGUUCAGGUGUGCAGGUUGAGGAUGACGAGGGCUUGCAAGAGUUGACCACUUACCAUCUUUCUCUGAGAUUGCUUGGAGGUGCCAAAAAAAGAAAGAAGAAGGUCUACUCGACCCCCAAGAAGAAGAAGCACAUCAGAAAGAAGGUCAAGCUUGCCGUCCUCAAGUAUUACGAGGUUGACGGCAGCGGUGGAAUCAGUCGCAAGCGCCGUGAGUGCCAGAACUGCGGUGGAGGAGUCUUCAUGGCCGCACAUGCCAACCGCCACACCUGUGGAAAAUGCCACGAUACUCUCGUGAUUGAACAAUCCCAAGCAGGUCAAAAAGGAGGAAAAGCGAAAGGAAAGAAA